AUGAAUAAAAUUUUAACUCGUAGUUUUAGUACUGGUGCAAAUUUCUUUGCCUCUGGUAAAGGUAAAGCACCAGUUAGAGUUGCCAUUACUGGUGCCAGUGGUCAAAUUGGUUAUCAAUUAUUAUUCAGAAUUGCCAGUGGUGAUAUGUUAGGUAAAGAUCAACCAAUCAUUCUCCAAUGUUUAGAAUUACCAGGUGCAAUGAACUCAUUAAAAGGUGUUUCAAUGGAAUUGGAUGAUUGUGCAUUCCCAUUGCUCAAAGGUAUUGUUCAAAGUGAUAAACCAGAGGAAGCAUUCGCUGGUGCAGACUAUGCAUUAUUAGUUGGUGCUCGUCCAAGAAGCAAGGGUAUGGAGCGUGGUGACCUUUUAAAAGCAAAUGCUGAAAUUUUCUCUGUUCAAGGUAAAGCAUUAGACAAAAGUGCUAAUCGUGACACUUUAAGAGUUUUAGUUGUAGGUAACCCAGCCAAUACCAACGCAUUAAUUGCCGCCCGUAAUGCACCAAAUAUUGACCCAAAACGUUUCUCUGCCAUGACUCGUUUAGAUCACAACAGAGGUUUAGCUCAAUUAGCCGAUAAAACUGGUUCAGCCGUAACUGAUAUUGAAAAAUUCUGCAUUUGGGGUAACCACUCUGCCACCCAAUACCCAGAUAUUAACUUUGGUACCGUCAAAGGUAAAUCACUCGUAGAUACCAUCAACGAUCAAAAAUGGGUUAAAGAUAACUUUAUUCCAACCGUUCAACAAAGAGGUGCCGCUAUUAUUGCUGCCCGUGGUUUAUCAUCAGCUGCCUCUGCUGCUUCAGCUGCCAUCGAUCACAUGAGAGAUUGGACCUAUGGUACCAAUGGUCAAUGGACCUCUAUGGCCAUUUACUCUGAAGGUGAAUAUGGUGCCGAUAAAGGUCUCUACUUCUCUUUCCCAGUCAUUGUAGAUAACAAAGGUAAAUACGAAAUCGUUAAAGGUCUUAAACUUGAUCAAUUCUCUCAAGAACGUUUCGAUGCUACUCGUAAAGAAUUAUUAUCAGAAAUGGAUGGUGUUAAAGAAUUAUUACCAUAA